GCGGCGGCGGGGCCGGGCGGGGCCAUGGGCCGGGGCGGGCCCGCCAUGCGCUACAACGAGCGGGAGCUGCUGUCCCUGGCCCGGCAGCCCGCCGAGAAAGCGGCCGAGAUCCGCAUGAGGGUCCCCAAGAAGGGCAGCGUGCUGAAGAAGCGCCUGGUGAAGCUCGUGGUGAACUUUCUCUUCUACUUCCGGACCGAUGAGGCCGAGCCCAUUGGAGCUCUGCUGCUGGAGCGCUGCAAGAUCACCAAAGAGGAGGAGAACGUCUUCUCCAUCAGUUUCAUCGAGGAGCCAGAGAGGAAAUACUGCUUCGAGUGUGCCACGGAGGAGCAGUGCCAGGAGUGGGUCGAGGCACUCAAGAGAGCCAGCUACGAGUUCCUGAGGAGAAGCCUCAUUUUCUACCGGAACGAGAUCCAGAAGAUGACAGGGAAGGACCCCCUGGAGCAGUAUGGAAUCUCCGAGGAAGCUCGUUUCCAGCUGGGAGCACACAGGCAGUAACCCCCCCACCUGGCUGGAACUGGCUCCUGGCUCCACUCCAACGCCUGGGAAGGACAGCAGCUCCCCACACUGACCAAGUGACUCUUUUAUUUAUUACCCAAAUCGGUUUGUAUGAUUAUUUUUUAAGGGAAUUCGUUGCACAUUCCCAGUUCCCCGGCUGGGGACGCUGAGCUGCUCUGUGGAUACUGCAGUGGGAGCAGAGCUCCCCAACCCUGGGGUGAGCUCCCAGCACCAGCUCCCCUCCAGGAGCUGCUGGGACCACCCCGAGCCAGCUCCAGCCCUUCUCCUGCUCCUCCCUGUCCCUGUCCCGAGGGGGCUGCUCAGCUUCCCUGGCUCAGGAUCCUCCCAGGAGCCACAGGGCCCAUCCCUGCUGUAAGAGGAUGCUGUGACUGAUGCAUUUCUGGGCUCCAGGGUUAACCCCAUCCUGCCUCUCCUGCUCAUGGGGAGCAGGGAGGAGUGGGAAUUCCUCCAGCUCAGCCACAGCUCCAGCUGAUGGAGAGGGGCACCUGCUCCCCUGUGCCAAGGCAGCAGCCCCGUGCAGCCACGGCCUUUUGGGGUCUUCUUUUCUGUCAUUCCUGGGGCUGGAUAAGCCCAUCCAAAGGAACAAAGCUGCAGAACACAAGGGAACAAAGGCAGGGAGAGAUCCCUGUGUGAUCCUGCCUGCCUGCAGAGCUCUGCAGUGCUCCAGCUUCCCAGGGAGGAGAGCCAGAUGGAGAGGCUGGCAAAGGCAGGAGCUGCUCCCUUUGGCUGGAGGCUGGAGCUGCAGGACAUGCACCAGCUCAGCCGGGCAUUAACCCUUCAUUCCCUGAGCCACUGCUGCAGCUUUUCUCCCCUCUCUGUGUCCUUUUGUCCAAAGGGACAGACCAAAAAACUGUGCCGAGGUCACAGUGAGCUGCCAGGGAACCAGGGCUGCCUGCCCUGGAGCUCCUGCAAGGAAGAGAUCAGGAUUAGGGAACAACAUCCCCGUAGGAUCAGCCCUGGCUCUGGCUGCACCAAGGAAAACUGCCCGGAAAUGAGGGCUGGAGGACACUCCCCACACCCAGGGCUGCAGCAGACCCAGAUCCUGACUGCCAGAGCAGCUUCCCUGGAACCAGCCCAGGAAAACACUGAGGAAAGGCCCCGAGGAAGGUCUCAGGUGUCACUGUCAGGGGUUGCUGGCACCAGGACUGGGGCUGGGGCUGGGGCAGGGCGGGAGCUUGGCCUGAGCUUUGGGAGCUGCAGCUCUGGGCGUUCCCCUCCAGCUGCCCAGCCUGGGGAGGGGGUGGAGCAGCCUCUGAGCUGGGAUUGAAGGGAAUUUUUGGGUCUUUUCCUUCUUAACUGGGAAUUAAUGCCCAAACCAGAGCCCGCACUGCAGCCUUUGGUAUCCUGGUGUUCCCUCUUACCUCAUGCAGCUGAGUACCAGGAGAGUGGCACCUGUCACUGAUGCUUUAGUUACAAUCUCAAAGCCGAGAUUUUUCCCUUUUCCCUCCCCAGAUACUCCCUGUCCCUUGAAUCAUUCCAGGUGCUUGCUCCAGAAAUUACCAAAAUCAGCCAAGGGCAGCAGGGAGGGAGCAGAGCCCGGGGGGGUUGCAGACAGAUGGCAGCUCCAGGGGCAGCAGCAGCGAGGGAUUAAAGGCAGGAACACAUGAGAGCUGUGCUUUAGGGAAUCAGUGUCCUUGGAUGACUCCAAAGUGCAUUUUAAUCCUGCCCAGCCUGCAUUUUUACCACCCAGAGCUGUGUUCUCAGCUGGGCCUGCCACCACUGUAGCAAAUGUGUCACCUGUGCCUUGCAGGACUCAGUGGCCUCCUCGCUGGACACACCUUUCCCAGGUGGAGCUGCCACCCCCCAGUGUCACUGUGCAGAAAAUGGAUGUUUUAUUUGCUGUUCCAGGGAACAGUUGGGUGAGCAAGAGCAAAGCCCAACACGGAUUUAAGUGUUCAUCACCAAUGGCAUUUCUUAACUGAAUGUACAACAAAAGCUGUGAAGAGUUGCCAGGGCCAGGCCAGGCCCAGGGGCUCAGAUCCAUUGUAGGGCAGGGCUGGGAGGCGGGGUGGGAUUCAGGGAGGAUGGUACUUUAUAGAGACUUUGAAAUCUGCAUCAACUGCUGGUGAUUUACAGACAAUUGCUCGUUUUUCACACUCUGAUGACUUUGCUUGUUGUGUUUCAGUGAGAGCUGGGUCCAGGCUCCCUGAGAGCCAACUGAAGCCAUUUCUCUGUUGUACAGUGAACAUUCCCAAUAAAUCCUGUUUUAAUCUU